GAACUUUGUACCGAGAAGGAACCGGGUAAGUUGGGUUGAGCCAUUACCAAGUUCAGAAUGAAGUUUCUUCUGUUGGUGCUGACCCUGCAGGUCGUGGCUUCGGGGACGGUUCCCCCGACCAACUCUGCAAGCUCUAAAGAAAAUGAUGUGGUGUUUGCUCAAGUCACUGCCUCCGGAGCUGUUCCAUGGGCGAACUCUGCCGACCCUGAAGAUAACGUGACAUAUGCUCAAAGGUACCUGGAAAACUUUUACGGUUUCGUGAUGGACAGAAUCCCAACGACAAAAAUGAAAGUCAAUAGGGACUUCAUGGAAGAUAAAAUUCGGGAAAUGCAGCAGUUCUUGGGGCUCAAAGUGACUGGGAAGCUGGACCCGCCUACCCUGGACGUGAUGCACACGCCCCGAUGUGGAGUCCCUGACGCUCAUCACUUCCGCACAAUGCAAGGGAGACCAGUCUGGAAGAAACGCUUCAUUACCUACAGAAUCAAUAAUUACACACCCGACAUGCGGCCUGCAGAUGUUGACUAUGCCAUCCAGAAGGCUUUUCAAGUAUGGAGUGAUGUGACCCCCCUGAAAUUCAGGAAAAUCAAUUCAGGAGAGGCUGACAUUAUGAUACGUUUUGCAUCUGGAGCUCAUGGAGACUUCACCCCUUUCGAUGGUAGAGGUGGGGUCAUAGCCCAUGCUUUCGGACCUGGACCCGGGAUUGGGGGUGACACGCAUUUUGAUGAGGCUGAAAUCUGGACUAAAAACUACAAAGGCACAAACUUGUUCCUCGUUGCUGUUCAUGAGCUUGGCCAUUCCUUGGGUCUUAGCCAUUCCAGUGAUCCAAAAGCCAUCAUGUUCCCUACUUACAGUUACGUUGACCCCAACACCUUUCGCCUCUCUGCUGAUGACGUACGUGGCAUUCAGUCUCUCUACGGACGUCCAGAAAGGCACCAACCCUCAUCAAAUCCUGACAGUAGAGAAUCAGCCACCUGCGACCCCAACUUGAGUUUUGAUGCUGUCACUACAAUGGGAAAUAAAAUCUUUUUCUUUAAAGACAGAUUCUUCUGGUGGAGACACCCUGCGAGUCCAAUGAGCAAUGUUAGUUUGAUUUCUUCUUUGUGGCCAACCUUACCGUCUGGCUUUCAAGCUGCUUAUGAAGUUGGAGCCAGAAAUCAAGUUUUUCUUUUCAAAGAUGAUAAGUACUGGUUAAUUAGCAAUUUGAGACCACAGCCACGCUAUCCCAAGAACAUACAUUCUUUGGGCUUUCCCGACUUUGUGAAAAAAAUUGAUGCAGCUGUUUUUAACCCACUUCUCCAUAAGACCUACUUCUUUGUAGAUAAUCAAUAUUGGAGGUACGAUGAGAGGAGACAAUUCAUGGACUCCGGUUAUCCCAAAUUGAUUACCAAAUACUUUCCAGGAAUUAGACCUACAAUUGAUGCAGUCUACUAUUAUAACAGACACUACUAUUUCUUCCAAGGAUCUGACAUAUUUGAAUAUGAUGUCGUAUCCCAACGUGUCACCAAAAGGCUGAAACAAAAUAUCAAGUUACGUUGUUAGGAAUGGUGUGAUUAGUGAUGUUGGUCAAUUCUCGUCGGUUAAAUAAGUAUUUAUUGCAUACUUGCUAUGUGCCCAGUGUAUGUCAUGACAUAGUGACAUGUGUCUUAAAAUAAGGUAAAAUCCAUAUGCCAUAGAUAAAUUGUCAUAUAGACAGGUGACUAUGCAAACAACUUAAGAUUUUUUUUUUAAUUUCGAAAACCCUCAUUGUCUGUUUUUACUUGAUUCAACUAUUAAGGUUGAAAACAGACACUUUAUCAAGGGGCAACAGAAUAAGUUGUUCCUUGAACAUCCCAGAACUGAGAAAUUAUCCUUAUUUCUUUGCCUUAACUAACAUUAAGCAAUGAUUAGUUUCUGUGGCCAUUAAGUGGUUUAGCAAGUAUAUCAUUUUAAUUCUUUUGGAAUAAAAACAGACUAUACCAGAAAAUGACAUUUAGUGUAAGUAACAUAUAAGUAAAUUAUAUAAUUAUGGUGAUGAUGUUAUUUUAUUCUGUGCUCAGUGUGGAUUUUUCUAUAUCUUAAAGUAUAUAUAUGUUUUUUUCUUUUGUUCAAAUAAAAACUUUGAGAGAAGGUAUUUGGUUCCUGAGA